CUCGGGGGACGGGCCGCGGCGCGACCGCGGCCCAAGCUCGGCGCGCGGUUGGGUCUGUCCCGGGCUCGGGGGUGCUUUCGCGUCGGGAUUCUGAUCGUGAUGGGUUCGAAGGCGAAAGUCGGAAGCCAGGAGUUGCUUCUCUUCGCGUCCGUGAUCCUGUGCUCGCUGGCGCUGGGCAGGGGAGCCGUGUACACUUCCAACCCCGAGGUCAAAAUUCCCGAGGAUAAACCCGCCAAGUUGUCCUGCUCCUACUCGGGCUUCUCCUCUCCCCGAGUGGAGUGGAAGUUUGCCCAGGGUGACAUCACCAGCCUCGUCUGCUAUAACAACAAGAUCACAGCUCCCUUUGAGGACAGAGUCACCUUCUCAAACACUGGCAUCACCUUCCACUCCGUGACCCGGAAGGACACGGGGAUGUACACGUGCAUGGUCUCGGAUGAAGGCGGCACCGCCUACGGGGAGGUCAGCGUGCAGCUCAUUGUCCUUGUGCCGCCAUCCAAACCCACGGUCACCAUCCCCUCCUCCGCCACCAUCGGGAGCCGGGCGGUGCUGACGUGUUCGGAGGCGGACGGCUCCCCGCCCUCUGAGUACCUGUGGUACAGGGAUGGGGCCCUGAUGCCUCUGGAGCCCAAGAGAAACCGUGCCUUCAGCAACUCUUCCUACAGCCUGAACCCCAAGACAGGGGAGCUGGUCUUUGAUCCCGUCUCGGCCUCUGAUACCGGAGAGUACUCUUGCCAGGCACAGAACGGGUACGGGACACCCAUGAUGUCCGAUGCUGUGCGCAUGGAGGCUGUGGAGCUGAAUGUUGGGGGCAUCGUGGCAGCGGUCCUCGUGACACUCAUUCUCCUUGGAUUCCUGAUUUUCGGCAUCUGGUUCGCCUACAGCCGUGGCUACUUUGACAGAAAGAAGAAAGGGUGAGUGAGGCGCUGUGCCGGGCUCUCCGAGGUGGAGAACAUGGAUGCCUGUGGUUUGAUGCGGAGAGGGGCCCAGGGGAAGGGGGUGGAGGUGGAGGCCACGCCUGGCAGGGAGACAUGAGUUUCUCCGGCUCACGGCGGUCUGUGCUGUCCCUCCCCCUCCACCCGCGUCCCCACCUGAGACCUCGUGAUUCUGUCCGGUUCUCACUUCUGACCUCAAAGGUUGGCAAGGAGAGGGGCUCGGUUUGACUGUCCCGUCUUCUGCAGGACCGAAAGCAAG